GAGCCUCCCUGUUGCUGCUCUCCUCCCCGCAGGCGGGCCCAAGAGCGCAUGUCUGUCCAGCCUCACCGCCUACACCCCAGCUUCGACUUCAGCCACCAACUGCAGACUCCACAGCCCAUGGGGCCCCAGCCCAGGUAUUUGGCAGAGGGCACGGACUGGGACCUCAGCGUGGAUGCAGGCCUGACUCACGCCCAGUUCCAGGUCCGGCCGGUGCCCCAGCCCUAUCAGCAUUACUUGGCUACACCUCGGAUGCACCAUUUCCCCAGAAGCACAUCCUCAACCCAGAUGGUUGUUCAUGAAAUCAGAAAUUACCCUUACCCUCAGCUUCAGCUGCUUGCUCUUCAGGGACUGAACCCAAGCAGGCACACAUCCGCUGUGCGGGAGAGCUACGAAGAACUGCUGCAGCUGGAGGACAGGCUGGGCAGUGUGAGCCGGGGCGCCGUCCAGAACACCAUCGAGAGAUUCACCUUCCCCCACAAGUACAAGAAGAGAAGACCACAGGAAGGCAAAGCUGAGCAAGACGAUGGUGAGGAAUCAGAUACCGACGAGAAAUGCACAAUCUGUCUGUCCAUGCUUGAAGAUGGAGAGGACGUCAGGCGGUUGCCCUGUAUGCAUCUCUUUCACCAAGUGUGCGUGGACCAGUGGCUGGCCACCAGCAAGAAGUGCCCGAUCUGCAGGGUGGACAUUGAAACACAGCUUGGCUCGGACAGCUGAAAAGACUAGCUGGACACACCAUUUUCCUUACCAGGUCGUAUGGCCAUAAGCCCUUGCAGCAAAAUUUUUUGCCUUCUGAGCCAUUUGAUUGAGAGGGGAAGUCUGGAGGCACGUUAGUGAAGAGAAAGGAGGUGGUGAUACAAUAUCUAGCAGUAGGAGAUGUUGCACAUAUAUGCAGGAUACAGGCCCAGUGAAAGGGAGCUGGCAUUCCCGGAGCUCAGAGACCCCGUGCUGCAGAAGAUUUUAGUGUUGAAUAUGAAGGAACUAGUUGUGGUAGUCCGGCCUGUCAAUCCUGCUUUUCAUGGGGAUUGUAUAUAUACCUCUCAAAUAUGUAGAAACAUGUUAGGGGUCCUUUAGCUAUUUCUAUGGAUGGCAGCUGGAGCAUGUUAGCUUAAGAAAUGUUGUGUUUGAUGCCCUACUCAUCUUGUGGUGGACAUGUUGCUGUUACCUAAUUUGCACCAAAUAUUUUUUCAUAGAUUCCUUAUUUUGGUGCCUGAUUAAUACAUUGCAGAGGGGGAAUAAAGAGGUCAAACUUUCCCAUCCUCGGGGUGGGGGAAAGAGGAGGAAAAGCAAAAUCCUGUUUACAGUCAGAAGGGUUUGUGCUCUUUGCCUCAGCCGCGUGUGCUUCUUUCCCUGGCAUUUACAGUGUGUUGCAAAUUUAGAGAAGCUUAAUAAAAAUAAAAAUUGGGGAUAAAAUGAACGAAGCAAUAGGGAAAAGCUUCGUUCCUGCUUGUCUGCUGGUGCUGGACACUUUCUGUAGCGGCACAGUAUUUGAGUAGAUGCUGUUUCUUUGCUUUCUGUACUUUAACAAAGUAGCUUGUCAUAUCAAAAUCCAAGGAAGUUCUGUCCACAUGAUUGCAAUUGUCCGUGAUGCUUUCUUCUGUGAGUUGUGCGGCUGGUUGGCUUCGCCAGCACCGCUCCAAACGAUGGUUACGGGAGUCGGCGCCUACCGCUGUUCUUUGGGGCGUAAUAACGCCAGAAAGAGGUGGGAAAUGUCGACUCUUCUCCCGUGGCUAAAGCAUCUCUCGAUAACGGGACGGAAGAAAACUUGAUGCUCACAAGACACUGCCGAGACCACCAGCCCUUGGCAAGGGGAGGGAGGGGAAGGCAGGGCGGAGGUGGGGCUGACACAUGCGUGCGUGUGCCAGGCUGUAACCACACGGAGUAACCAGGGGCUGUUAAAAUGAAACUUAAUCACAUUAACACUCAAAACAGAAUUAAGAGGUGAUGCCCAAAGGGGCGAGCUGUUAUGAUCCAUGCUCCCCUUGGAAAUAACAAAAAAAAAAGACCUCAGCCCACCAACCGCAGGGAUUGGGCGGAAAAUCCUCGGGAAGACUGACAUUCACAACCAAAACCUGUAGUUUUCUUUUUUUUUUUUUUUCUUUCAUACUAAGGGAGAAAGGAGCUGCAGAGGAGCAGCAGGGGAAUUAGAAACAUAAUCUAUUGAAAGUGUUGGUGUAGUGGGAAUGAUUUCUGACUCCCCUGAGCAUUUCGCUGGAGAAAAAUGCUCUCCCAAGUCGAUUCAAUCAUAAACUAUCAUCUGAGAAACUGCAAGAUUCUCAUGAGCUGUAACUGGAAAAUACCAGCCUCAGAGGCACACAGAGAUUUCCCUUUUUUCCCAGUGAGAGAGGGGAGAGGAGGAGGGAAGCCCCAUGUGAGGGUGCAGGAGCCUCUCACAUAGUGUGCCCAUGCAGGUGGGAGGGAGUGGAAGGGGACAAAUGAUGACAUAUAGAGAAGACAUAAGGGAGAAAUUCUUGGCUGUGAGGGUGGGGAGGCCCUGGCACAGGCUGCCCAGAGGACCCUGGAAGUGUUCAGGGCUGAC